UUUCGUGGAGUGGUUCUUGCUUAGUGGCACUAAGCAUAAAAAUGUACCCAAGUCUAUUUUAGAUGUUGUAGAUAGUGGGAGGUACAAUGAAUUUGCUUGGGGCCGGAGUUCUUUUGAAUUGACUAUUUCCUCAUUGAAGGGUAAGCUUGAUAGUUGGGUUGAGGGGGUUAGGAAGGCAAAGAGUUCGGGAAAGAGGCCGAGUGUUUUUUACACUUUGAUUGGUUGUCCUCAUGUUCUACAAGUUUGGUUCUACGAGUGUUGUAAGUACAUGAAAGGUAAGUACUGCCAAAAGGAAAGCUCUCGUAUUCCAAGGAUCACUCAGUGGACAUGCAAUAGUCAACCCACUUUCAAAGUUUUGAAGACUACUAUCUUUGAUGUUUCCAAAGAUAAGCUGCAACUUUCAAAUAUGAGGCCCACGGCUGGUGAGUUCAAAGCUUUGAAACUGAGCAGUUUCAAGUUCGACACCGACUUCAACUCUUACAAGAGUCUUCCUGUCCCCGAAGAGCCAACUGUUGCUCAGAGUGACAUUUCUGUCAAGCUUGAGGCCUUUUCUGAGAAAUUUCAUGUGUUGGAGGUCAAGAUCGAUUCGUUGCAUACUUCCCAACAGAAGAUUUCAUCUGAUUUGGUUGAGUUGAAAGAGUUUGUGUCUGCACAGUUUGUUUCUUUUGGUGCUCAGAUGGCUUCAAUGCAGACACAGUUUUCUCGUUUUUGCCGAUUCCUAUGCCAAGAAACCGAUGAAAAUGAAGAAGAGAAUGUUAUGGGUGAUGACGAAGGGGAGGGUAGUGAAGGUGAAGAGAAGGAUGAUCAACCCGAUGAAGAUUCGACUCAAAAGAAAAAAAUGAUAAUGGCAGUGAUGAUGAUGCCACUGAUAAAUUUCGUUGAUUUCAAUGACGGCCCUACUCAAAUAGAUGUUGAGGCUACUGUUCAGUCCGGAUGUCUUCAGAUGGAAGUGGUGUUGAUCCUUGUAAACGAUUUCGGUUCGAAAAUGUUGAGGUUACGGAUCGUCGUCUUGUUUGUUUUGAGAUGGGUGCAACGGUGUCUCAAUGUUGAUUCUAACAUUGAACUUGAAGAUGACCCAAUUCCCGUUGAAGAAACUCCUCUUGUUGACAAGAGGAAAUCUAAGAAACCCAUAGCGCUGACGUCUCCGUUUAUGGAGUAUGACUCUUCCAUUUCUAGUUCUAAAGAUGGUUCUGGUUAUGGAGUUGUUAAGUAUGUGGCUGGGUUGUGUCCUCUCGAUGAUAAGAUUGGUGAAGAUGUAGAACAUAAAGACGAGAUUGAUUUUGACUUGUGGCUUGGUGAAGGACGCCGAUCGAAGAAAGAUCCGCAUGAUAAGGAGAAGGUUUACUUGAAGGGUAAGGAUAAGAUUGUUCCCCCUUUUCGUUUUGGCGUGGAAGAUGUUGCAACCAAGAUGUGGUUCCACAAGCUUGCAUAUCCUGGCCAAUGUUUGACUAAUUCUCAUCUGGACAUCAUUUUUUACUAUCUACGUAAAAAAGGAAAGUAUGCAAAGGAGCCAAAGGUUAAGUUCACAACCACCGAUUGCUUAUUCUUCAAAACCAUUCAUGCUUUGUAUGAAAAAUUUAUUGCACAGAAAAAAAAUCUUUCUUUGAUAACUGCCCAGCAUGCCAUUGCUGAUUAUAUAAGAGGUAGAAAAAUGUUAUGUGGUUCCCCUUGGCAUUUGUGCGAUCAUGUUUUCUUUAUCAUCCAUAUGGAGACUGAAUCACAUUGGAUUCUUGGUCGAUUGAAUAUUGAGGAAAGGCGUGUGUACAUGUACAACUCCUUGUCGACUGCUAUGAAAGAUAGUGCUGCCAUCAAAGCUUGUCAGCCAUUUGCGGUGUUGUUGCCCUACUUUUUUGCUUUGUUUGAUGAGUUCAAAAAGGAAAACAAACCGAUUUGUUUAGACCCUUUCGAAGUUGUUAAGGUUGAUGGUUUGCCUCAACAAACCUCUAAUGACUGUGGUUGUUUCGUUGCAUCGUUCGCCGAAUACUUUAUUGAUAUGAAACCGAUUCCUCCCAUAUUUGAUGUUGAGAAACACCGUGAUAGGCUUGCUGUGUUGUUCUAUAAGUAUGCUCGCAUGAAAGAAGUGGAAUUUAUUGAUAGUGAAGAUGAGGCUCCUCCAAAGGGUCCAAAGAAGAAUUUGUCUUAGUUAUCUAUUGGUUGUUGUUGGAAAUACUACUUUUUUUAUGUAGCUUUUGUUUUUUCUAUUACCAGAUUAUGUUCAUAAUCAUAGACAAGUUGUUGUUUCUAUCAUGUUUUUUUCUUAAUUGGAAUUGGUUUUUAAUUUGUUCAUA